AAGAUCCAGGAAAUGCGGGAGUUAUUUUAUGGGCAAAUAUCCUUCCUGACUGCUGUCCUGCUGUAAAUGGAGCUACUUUAAUUAAACCAGACAGAAAUAAGACGUAGUAUAUUGAUAUUUCCAUUUAAUCGCGGAUAUUAAACAAUCAAAUAGCGUAUGCGCUUGUUUUUGAAGGCCACUUGGUAAAAGGUAACUUACCAGAGCGCCAGAGAAUCGCACGGCCACCUGUAACGUUCAGCUGAGCGCAGCAGGAGCAGCAGCAGCUGUAGCGGUCAAUCAGGUGCUCUAUGCUCGAACAGCAGUGACACUGACACACCUCCAUCAGACAUGAGCUUCUUCGGCUUCGGACAGACCGCUGAGAUCGACAUCGUGUUGAAUGACGGGGACACCAGGAAGAAAGCCGAGCACAAAACUGAGGAUGGGAAAAAGGACAAAUACUUCCUUUUCUACGACGGUGAAACCGUAAGUGGGAAAGUUAACGUGACUCUCAAGACUCCUGGAAAGAGGCUGGAGCACUAUGGCAUCAAAAUCGAGUUUGUCGGACAGAUUGAUCUUUACUAUGACAGAGGGAACCACCAUGAGUUUGUGUCGUUGGUGAAGGAUCUUGCUCGACCUGGGGAGCUUUCACAGUCCCAGACCUUUGACUUUGAGUUCACCCAUGUGGAAAAGCCCUAUGAAUCCUACACUGGCCAGAAUGUCAAACUAAGAUACCUUCUGCGAGCGACAAUCAGCAGAAGGCUGAAUGAUAUCAGUAAAGAGAUGGAUAUUGUCGUGCAGACGCUGUGCUCAUAUCCAGAGCUCAACUCCUCCAUCAAGAUGGAAGUUGGAAUUGAAGAUUGUCUCCAUAUUGAGUUUGAAUACAACAAAUCCAAAUACCAUCUGAGGGAUGUUAUCGUAGGAAAGAUAUACUUCCUUCUUGUGAGGAUAAAGAUUAAACACAUGGAAAUUAAUAUAAUAAAACGGGAAACGACUGGAACUGGACCCAGUGUGUACCAUGAAAAUGACACCAUUGCCAAAUAUGAGAUCAUGGAUGGGGCCCCGGUGAAAGGCGAGUCGAUCCCCAUUCGCUUGUUUCUCGCUGGAUACGAGUUGACGCCCACCAUGAGGGACAUCAACAAGAAGUUCUCUGUGCGUUACUACCUGAACCUAGUCCUUAUAGAUGAAGAAGAGCGACGAUACUUCAAACAACAGGAGAUCACACUCUGGAGGAAAGGAGAUAUUGUGAGGAGGAGUAUGUCCCAACAAGCCAGCAUUGCUGCCCAGAGAUUUGAGGGAUCAAACUCUGAAACUGCAUCAGCACAAGCCAAAGAGGAGAGUAACUAGAUUCAAGACGCUUUAUGUUCCUUCAACAUCUCUAAUGAACCUUGUUACAUCAAAAUAAUGUUUUAUAAGUCUCGAAGGGAUCAAUGUGGCAAGUGAUUUUUGCCGAAAAAUGGAAAUCAUCGCUUCUUGAGAUCAAAAAUGAGAAUCGAGCUUGUAAAAGGCAGCCCAACUACUUAAAUGUGUAUAGAUUACAAAAUAUUUUUUUAUUCCUCUUUCCAAUACUGCGUACAUUUCCAUUAUUAUAAUAGUGACCAACAGUUUUGAAAUGCUAGAAACAAUCUUUUUGUGUACGCCGCUGUUUUCAUCCUAUUGGUUUGAUUUGUGCUUCAUGAAGUUGUAAGCCUCAAUACAUUCCUCUUGUUAAGCUCAAAUUUUGCUUAAGUCUAGUACACUGAAAAGUCAGAAUCUAGCUUCUGUACUCUGUCCUGUUUAAUGAGCCCAAAAUGAGAUUUACUGUGAUGUUUUGUGUUAUAAAUGUAGCACUUCAUGUACUCUCCAUAGAGCUCUGCACAGUAUUAUUCUAUCAUUUAGGGUAUUACAAAUGAAGGCCUGCACAGAAAUGCCUAAUAAGGGAACUACUAACUUUUCAUUCAUAUUUUUAUUAUCGACUUUUUUCUUCUUUUGAUCUGGUGUCUUAAGUGUUUAUUUCCUAUUGAUAAGAAUCAGCAGAAUCAUCCGCAACACAAGGUUCCAGGAUUCUCAAGAGUGCAGUUAAAUGCUGCAACACAGAAAAUCCUUUUUGUGAUUGUUUGCUACUCAUUUUUAAGGUGAAUUCUUACAUGUGUAUGUCAUUGUAUUAUACUAAAUAUUUGUUUAAUAGCUUAUUGGCUGUUCAAUGAGGUAUGACUAUUUAACAGACAUGCAACCGUGAAAACUUCUGCAAAAGGCUCAUUUAAUCAGCCCUAUUGUAAUAAAAUGUACUAACCUCUGCAUUCAUGAUGAUUUCCUUUUUUCCUCAAAAUGAAAAUA